AUGCCUCUCUGGCUGCUUCUGGGACUGUUGGGCCUCUUAGUACUUUGCAGAGGUCAAGACAAUGAAUGUGACAAAAUAACCAACUUGGACUUCCGGGAGACAUUUAUUGGCACCAGCCCGGAUGUGCGACUUCUCCUUUAUACCACCACACACAACUUCAGCAGGGAGCCACUGUUUAAUGUGACCCAACCCACCAACUUUGUCAUACAUGGCUACCGGCCCACUGGUGCGCCGCCCGUCUGGAUCGACCACAUCACACAUCUGCUGGUUGCCCAAGCCAACAUGAAUAUCCUAGUGGUGGAUUGGAAUCGUGGUGCCGCAAACCUCAACUACUUCACCACCGUGGCCAACACCCGGUACACUGCUACCAAUAUCACAGGCUUCAUCCAGAGGAUGAGGGAUGAGGGAGCAUCUCUUGACUCGAUCCACCUGAUAGGGGUCAGCCUUGGGGCACAUGUGGCUGGGUACAUAGGUGCUAUGCUGGGAGGGAGAGUGGGUAGGAUCACAGGUCUAGACCCAGCAGGACCAAUGUUUACUGGUGUCCCUCCAGAGGAGUGCUUGAAUCCAUCUGAUGCUCAGUUUGUAGAUGUCUUGCACACAGACAUGAACUCCUUUGGCCUCAGAGGAACUUAUGGACAUAUUGAUUUCUAUGCCAAUGGAGGACUAGACCAGCCUGGAUGCCCAAAGACCAUCUUCUCAGGGAGGUCUUACUUUGUGUGUGACCACCAGCGCUUUGGUUUCCUCUACCUAUGUGCUCUAAACCACACCUGCAGCAUCACUGCUUACAGUGACUUCCUGAGUGGACAGUGUCUACAGUGUGAGGCCUUUAAGCCAGCAUCCUGUCCUGUUCUGGUUUAUGACCUGAGCCAGUGGAGGAACACACUCUUAAAACUGAGUCAGACGAGGGUUUAUUUCUCUACCACGGCAGAACCCCCUUACAGGAAGACAAGCUACAGGGUGGGCAUAAUUACCUGGAAUCUAUACCUGCGAUGGGGCGUAGUUACCAUCUACCUGCACAGUGGGAAAAAUGUAACAGAGAGCAGGAUUGACCAUAAACUGCUGAGGUUUGAGAAGUACACUGCCACACGCUUGCUGGCGCAGUUUGAUGAGGAGCUGUAUCCCAUUCAAAAGAUCUCAUUGAGGAUUGCCACUGGGAAUGUGAUUGGACCUCGUUACAACAUUUGGCUCCUCCGCCUUUGA